AUGAUCCAGAAUGGUGAGGAAGGCCUUGCACUGAAUGGUGAAAAGGAGACGUCGUAUAUGUACAAAUGCGGCGUCCGAGUUGAGGUCGUCGAACGUGGGGUCCCUAUUCGUCACUGGAUUUGCCUUGCUGACGAAACCUGCAGGUGA